GCAUUUCCAUUCAUUAUAAAUUUAAAUACAUCCGUACUUAUCAUUUAAUUCUAAACAGAUGUAUUGAAUUUGGUGCACACAGAAAAAGUAAAAUAACAGCGGCGUAUCUUCCAAAAUCAUCUUGUUUGUUGAAGUUGAUCAACCAUUCUAACCAAGACGAUUGUCAUUUGAAAACCAUCAAACCCCCCACAGUUUAUCGCACACGCAAUUUUGAAAAAUAAAUAAAUUUGAGUCAACGAGAGGAAAAAACUCCGUAAGAAUCUGAGUUUCCAAAUACUUGUUCAUGUAAUUUGUCUAUCCUAGUCAGUCAAUUCAGUUCAUUAUUUACUAAUGAUUCAAACAUAAAGGGGAUUUUGAGGGUUUUGGGCAAUCGAAACUGGUUACACUAGCGCAAGUGGGUGGUUACUACAACUGAUCUUUUGGGCACGGCAAAGCUUGGGUUUUGUUGUGGUGAUUCAAAUUGGAACGGCCAUGACGCCGUUUGCAGGAGUAUUGAUAAUUGUGGCAAUGUAUAGCCGAUUUGCAGAGUCUGCAAUGGAGCUACCUGGAUGGCUCGGUGAAACGUAUAGGAUGCCAUUGAGAACUAGCAAGGAUGCAUCUAAACUUUCCAUAUUGAAAUAUGGUCCACCUUCUGGCUUUGAUCCAGCUCGAGUAACUCAGUUGUCUUGGCAUCCCAGGGCCUUUUUGUACAAGAAUUUCCUUACAGAUGAAGAGUGUGAUCAUCUCAUUGCAUUGUCAAGAGACAAGAUGGAGAAAUCCAUGGUUGCAGACAAUGAGUCAGGGAAAAGUGUUAUGAGUGAAAUCCGAACAAGCUCAGGAAUGUUCUUGAGUAAAGGCCAGGAUGAAAUUGUUGCAAGGAUCGAAGAAAGGAUUGCAGCUUGGACAUUUCUUCCAAAAGAAAAUGGAGAGGCAAUGCAGAUUUUACAUUAUGAAAAUGGCCAGAAAUAUGAACCUCAUUUUGAUUUUUUUCAUGAUAAACUCAAUCAAGCCAUGGGUGGUCACAGAAUUGCCACAGUGCUGAUGUAUUUAUCUGAUGUGGUGAAGGGGGGAGAGACUGUCUUUCCUAAUGCAGAGUCAAAGCAGAGCCAGCCAAAAGAUGAUUCGUGGUCAGAAUGUGCCAAGCGUGGCUAUUCAGUGAAGCCCAACAAAGGGGAUGCCCUACUGUUCUUCAGUCUUCACCCAGAUGCUACAACUGAUGAAACAAGUCUGCAUGGCAGUUGCCCUGUUAUUGAGGGAGAGAAGUGGUCUGCUACAAAAUGGAUACAUGUAAGGGCCUUUGAAUAUCCUAAAAGGAAAGUUACCGGUGAAUGUGUUGAUGAAAACCAAUCUUGUGCUCAUUGGGCUGCUGUUGGAGAAUGUAAGAAGAAUCCUGUUUAUAUGGUUGGCAGUCCAGAUAGCCCUGGUUCAUGUAGAAAAAGUUGUCGAGUAUGCUGAAUAUUUUCUCGAUCAAUCACACCCCUCUGAUUUUAAUUGUAGUUUGACGGCCAAAAUCUAAAAUUUGUUAGUAUUGACUAUUGGAAGUUCUUCAGAUGCCAAAAAAUGUAAAUUGAUAACAUGUCGGCUUUAUGGAUUUUAGCAAGGAAAUGCUAUUUUAUUAUAAGGUGGGUAUUUAGCCAUUGAAAGGUUUCCAGAAGUUAAAUAAUUGGCUACAGGAGUUUGCACAUAAUGUUGGAUUCAUGAGGUUAAUGAUUAAACACACUUGUUCUUA